CAUCAUUCUCCGCGUUACGCCCAGGAAUUGACACUCGUUUGGUCGCACCAGCAUAGACUAUUGGAAAUAGUUCUGUACUAGCAGUCGAAACUUAAACAUCGUUUUCUUAGUCCGUUGAAGGCAUGGCACCUGGACGGUUUACCAUUAUUGGAAUCGCAGUUGGUGCAGUUGGUGCAGUUGUGUUGGCCCCAGUGGCCCUUACUGCAGCUGGUUUCACUUCUGCUGGUAUAGCUGCUGGUUCACUGGCAGCCAGUAUGAUGUCUUCUGCGGCCAUCGCUAAUGGAGGCGCCGUUGCUACUGGAAGUUUGGUGGCAAUCCUCCAGUCUGCAGGUUGCAGAAUAACAGCUAAUAUUAAUGGAUCAUUCUAUUCAAGAGAAUGUCAACUGGAACGUGGAUGUUUUCAUAACAGGCUUAAAGAUGAACAAAUUGAUAAAGAAACCCUCCUGCUGGACAUCCACUUCCAAAAGUGCACACCACACUGUUGUCUACAACUCCUAGGAAAAGAAUCCUCUUAAGUAAGACUGCUCCGUGGAUAUGUCAGGUUAAGCAGUGCUGAAACCGAAAGAACUAACACUAUUUAAAAUGUUUUGUGAGUUUAUAUGAAGAGGAAAGUUAAGGUGUCCCUUUUUCACAUCCAUAACGCUUGUUUAUUUCUUUUUUUAUAGAAAACUUGUGCAUAGACUUAUAUUUUAACAUAUAAAUGCGGUUCUAUUAACAAGGGUUUAGUAAAAUACUUUUUAUAGCGUUUUGAAGUGUUAAGUUGUCUAACUAUUUAUAUUUACUUGUGCCACUUUAAUAACCUUGUUAAAUGUAUAUGUUAAAAUCUAAACUAAUGUAAUUUAUUGAAAUUAAUGUUCUUUAAAUAUGUAUAAACAUACAUUUCAUCAAAGUGUUUUAUAUGCCAUUUUAUUGUUCAUUGAGCAUAACAUAUUGCAUGUUUUUAUGAAUUCCUUUUGUCUUGCAUUUUGAUCCUUAAUAAAACUAUUGAUUCUUACUGAUGCCUCGAGUAUUUCUCUGUGAUUUUGUUAUUAUUAUUUUUAAACAUUUCGGGUUUGUUUUAAACCAUCAAUGUAAUUUUUAAGCAAAAGUUGAUUUAAAUAAAACAACCCAGCAUGUUGGGUCAAAGAUUUAACCCAACUGGCUGGGUUAAAAUAACCCAACGCUGGGUUUGUCCAUAUUUGACCCAAUGUUGGGUUACCAAAAUAACCCAAAUUGGGUUAUUUUAACCCAGCCUUUUUUUAGAGUGUAUGUUAACCCAGAAACACAGUUAACCCGACCCACUAGUUGGGUCAAACAAACAACCCAGCAUUUUGGGUCAAAUGGUUCAACCCAGCACUUGGGUCAAAAUAACCCAGCGCGUGUUCUGUCCCAUAGUUACCCAGCAGCUGGGUUAAGGUUGGGUUAUUUUCUAACCCAGCAAUUCUUAGUGUGUAUGCUUGUUUUUCGAUAUUAUCUAUGUUUCACAGUGCAGUUUUUCAGAAAAUAUAUGGGCAUUGGAGUGAAGUUUAUAAAUCUGUUGCGUAGCUGACUGUUUGCUUUACACUACUUGUACUUGUGACUGCUUUUGUAUAAUGCUCUUCUCUUG